CGGGUGGAGAGCACAAGGUAGUGGGAAGACCGUCUGCUGAGUGCAUUGAGUGGGGGGAAAUGAUUGCUGUUUGUGCUGGGGGAACCAGGAAAGACACGUGGACAGAUGGGAGGAGACUUAUAUUGCUACCAGGACAACCAAGUCGAUCAUAACAAGCCCCAGAUCAAGAGAUUGCGAUUCCAUUGAGUACUUACCCGGAAAGAGAUCAAUAAAAGAGCUGGUUUGGCUUUACAGCAAGGAGGUGUUUCCAUCCUGGGACAAUGGAUACCAUUUCCAUCAUGAGGAAUUUAAAAGGCGCCAGUGAAACCUUCUUGCCCAACGGCAUGAGUAGCUUUAAGGAGACAUCCAAAUUUGCCGUAGGAAUUUUAGGAAGUGGAGACUUUGCCAAGUGCCUGGCAAUCAGACUUAUUCGGUCCGGGCACUCUGUUGUAAUAGGAAGCAGAAACCCUAAACAAGCUGCAGGAUUCUUCCCUCCUCUUGUAGAUGUCACGCACCAGGAGGACGCUGUAACAAAAACCAAUCUCCUAUUUGUUGCUAUACAUCGUGAACACUAUGCUUCCUUGUGGGACCUCAAGCACUUGCUGGUAGGCAAACUCCUUGUGGACGUGAGUAACAAUGUGCGAAUAAACCAAUACCCGGAAUCCAAUGCAGAAUAUCUUGCUUCACUAUUCCCAGAUUCCACGGUGGUAAAGGGCUUUAAUGUAAUAUCUGCCUGGGCACUCCAGUCUGGACCAAAAGAUGCUAAUCGCCAGGUGUACAUUUGCAGCAAUGUAGUGGAAGCUCGACAACAGGUUAUUGAACUUGCUCGCCAGCUGGACUUCAUUCCAGUCGACAUGGGGACAUUGUCUUCAGCGAGGGAGAUCGAGAAUAUGCCUCUGCACCUCUUCACUCUCUGGAAAGGCCCUGUACUUGUGGCAAUUGGCUUGGCCACCUUCUUCUACAUUUACUCGUUCAUCCGAGACAUUGUGCACCCCUACGUGAAGAACAAACAGAGCGACUUCUAUAAGAUUCCCAUUGAGAUUGUGAACAAAACGUUGCCGGUUGUUGCUAUUACUCUCCUCUCCCUCGUGUACCUGGCAGGAUUGCUGGCCUCUGCUUUCCAGCUGAACUAUGGAACUAAAUAUCGUCGAUUCCCAAUGUGGCUGGAACACUGGCUCCAGUGUCGCAAGCAGCUCGGGCUUCUCAGUUUCUUUUUUGCUUCCGUCCACACGGUCUACAGCCUUUGCCUUCCAAUGAGACGUUCGGAAAGGUACUUCUACCUCAACAUGGCUUAUCAGCAGGUUCAUGUCAAUAUUGAAAAUUCUUGGAAUGAAGAAGAGGUUUGGAGGAUGGAAAUGUACAUCUCCUUUGGAAUAAUGAGUCUGGGCCUUCUCUCAUUGCUGGCAGUUACAUCAAUACCAUCAGUCAGCAAUGCUAUGAAUUGGAGAGAGUUCAGCUUUAUUCAUUCCAGACUGGGGUACGUGGCUCUCCUUAUCAGUACGUUCCAUGUCCUGAUUUUUGGAUGGAAGCGAGCUUUUGAGGAGCAGUAUUACAGAUUUUACACACCGCCAAACUUUGUGCUGGCUCUUAUUUUGCCUUUCAUUGUUAUCCUCGGGAAACUUAUUGUACUGAUUCCAUGCAUUAAGAGAAGGUUACGGAAAAUCCGCAAGGGAUGGGAAAAGAACCAAUUCGCCGACGACACUUCAGCAAUAGUUCCUCAAUCGUCUCCUGAAAGGGUAACCAUUAUGUGAGACUUUGUGACAAUCAAUUGUGACUCUUUAAGCCAUUUAAUGAGCUGGAGACUUUUAGCGACAAUAGUUUGUGUAACUAGCUGCAAAAUAUCAACAAAUCAUUUAAAAAUCUCCAGCUCUUUGUAUUUUCUUGCUUGUAGUCUAGGCAUACAGUAUAUAGAAGGUAUACAAAGGUGAACAGUAGGUGGGAUAGAUCCUACAAGCAAGAUUAAAAACAACUUCCAUUCAGAAAUGGUCAGGUCCAAAGUGGGAUGGACGAGAAUAUAAAUAACUCUGAAUUUCGCUGUUCUCCAUUGUCUGUUCUGUUUGUGUCAUGUGUAACAAUGCAAAUGCAUUAAACAAGUCCA